AUGGCGGAUGCAUUGCUUUCCUGGGGCUUAGAGAACAGUGCCUUUGUCCAUGAUGGAAUUGACCUCUUCGCUCGUAGUGACCGUGCCGCUCGGGGCCUCCGGACGCGAAGGCCUCUCCAAGCCAAAGAGGUUUUGCUGCGGAUUCCUGGGCAUAUGUCUGUGCAGAGCCACCUGAGCCUGAUGCCCGACUCGCCCCUCUCGGAGUUUUGGAGGAGGCGAUGCGCUGCGCCGGUGUCGAACGUACUGCGCCUGACACUGACAUUGAUCCACGAACUGCACGUUCAGAAGUCGGAGUCCCGUUGGUGGCCCUAUUUGAGCUUCCUUCAGAGCUCUGUGGAGGUUGAUUUGCCCAUUUGGUGGCCUGAGAGUGAUCUCCAAGGACUGAAGGGCACGGCUUUGUGGCUUUCUGCGAAGCCAAGGGAGGUGUCAGAGGUCUUUGAGGAAGUUGCGAAGCCUGUGAUGGCGCAAGAGGUGUCGUUGUGGCCGCCGCAGGUCCAGCAGCUCCCUUUGUUUCUUCAAGCUCUGUCUUGGGUGAUGUCGCGGGGAUUUUGCGGUGCGCUGUCCUUUGACUUGCAGGGAGCCGUGAUUCCAGAACUCUCUGUUUGGGAUGCUGCCUCUAGCGGCUCCAGCUGCUCCAGCGCCAGUCCAACGAUUACAGGGCCCUUUUUGCUUCCGCUUUUCGAUUUGAUCAAUCACUCCAGCUGGCCCGAAGAACGGUGCGUAGAGCUGGAGAUGGAGGGCGAGGAUUUCGUGGUGCGGGCGUCCAAAGAGGUGGCGGCCGACAGUGAGUUAUUCAAAUCCUAUGGCGAUCAUUCCGACGCGGAGCUCUUGCGGACGUACGGCUUCGUUGAGCAAGGCCGCAAUCCCAACAACGUGCUUUUGGCCACUCACCAGGAGCUCUUAGAUGCGUGUCGAGCCAUGGAAGGCCAGUGCACGGAGCGGCUGGAGCGGCUGGGAACGGAAGCUGUGUACGCAAUCCCUGCCACUGGUGUUUUGCCUGCUGAGCUCUUGACGGUCGUGCAGGUCUUGCUCAUGAGUCCGAGUGACUAUGGCGAAUUCCACAGCUCAGAGCUGCAGAUAUUGGGGAAGAAGUUCCACAUCCGCGGCAGUGCACAUGGCCAGAAAGUCACUGUGUGCACGGGGGCCCUGGCGGGCAGCAUGUGCCAAUUGCGAUUAGCAUGGGCCCUGUGUUUCUGCAAGUUGUGUCUCAUUGGCGCAAACAUCUAUACGUACUUGCACCCAGAAACCAAAACAUAG